UUAAUAUGUUUCAGUUGCAAUUAUUCUUGAUUUUAAUCAUUUAUAAAAUGCAUCUUGUGAAUUCUUCAAAUAACUUAUCGGUUCCCCAUCAAAAUGAUUACCAUGCAAGAACCACCCAUUACCCCUCAUCCCCAGAGAGCCGCUGGAAUAAUGACAACAGCAGUAGCAGUAAUAUCACCUCACUUGACCUCUACUGGGAACACAGGCUUGCUGUUAUCAUCAAUCUUUAUAUGCCACCUAUUUUGAUCGUUCUUGGGGCUAUUUGUAACUGUUUGGUUGUCAGAGUAAUGGUUGGGCGCUGGUUCUCGUCUGUUUCUUCAUCGGUGUACCUGAUAGCUGGGACAAUAGCUGACACAGCGAGUCUGUUAAUAGCCUUACCAGUUCAUUGGCUUUAUGUGAAUUUUCCAGAUUCAAUUCACAGGAAUGAAUAUUCUCACAUCAUGUGUAAGUUCUUCAAUUUCUUUGGAUGGGGUAGCAGCGACUAUGGUAUCAUUCUCACUGUUGCUAUGACAGUCGAUAAGGCAAUUGCCAUUCUAUUUCCGAUGAAAGCAAAAAUAUUAUGCACGACAAAACGUGCCAAAAGAGUUAUAUUCACACUUCUUUUGACUGUUAUUCUCAAAGAGAGCCACUUCUUGUUCACAUCUAACAUCGUUCCACUGGGUCGCACAGAACAGCUGUGUACUGUCGACAUUCCGAAUGAUACCUACCGUAUUUUCUAUGAGAAACUGUGGCCCACCAUUCACAAUUCUUUCCUCUGCCUAUCCUUCAUCAUUAUCCUCAUCAGCAGCAGCAUCAUCAUCAUCAGUAAGACCAAAAUGUCACGGAAAUUAAAAAAGUUCUCAGACUCAAUACGAAUCUCUCAUUCUGUGGAUCAAUCCAAAAGCCGACAAAUCACUAUCAUGUUGCUUCUAGAAUCCUUCACCCUUGUCCUACUCACGCUACCAUAUUCUUUAUAUGUCACCAUCUUUAACAGAGAACAAGAACCAAACGACCUUCACACGAAAUCCAUCAACCAGCUUGCUUUUGCCAUUGUUUUCUAUUUCCUCUACAUUAACAGGUGCCUCAACUUCGCCAUGUACUGUAUGAGUGGUUCCCGUUUCAGAAGUGCACUUCUUGAAGUAAUUAGGGGGUCGAAAGCUGGCCAAGAAAUAAGAAUUAAAUUAACUGCCACUCCAGCCUCCUCGUGUGAUCCAAUAGUGAGUGUAGUUUCCAAGUCAUCUCUCUGAAUGUGUAAUCCCAGACUGAAAAUGUUUAAAAGACAGACAGGAUGGUCAUGACUGACAUGUUCUUGAUCAUAAAUAAACAACAGCAAGAACAAACAUUGUGGUGUUAAACUACAUGCAGAUAUGCACACACACAUAUAUAUAUAUAUUUAUUUAUAAAAAAGAAGUUUGAAAACGCCAAUAUAUAAAAAGUGAAUUUUUAAUUUAUAAUUUUGUCAGAGAUAUUUUUAACAUGUUUCGGUUCUAGAAAAAAACGAACCUUAUCAAAAAUACAUAUUUAAAAAAAAAUAUAUAUAUAUAUGCCACACACACACACACAUAUAUAUUUAUUUCAUUUCCUGGUGUAUGACUGCAACUGAUUAAUAUAGAGCCCCACGAAGAGUAUACUCAUCCAUACCAGUGGUUCUUAACUUGGAUGGUAGCAAAUGUCAAGGGCUGCUCUGAGGGACAGGCAUUAAUUAAAAAGAGGCAUGAUAUGGUUUAGAAAUAAAAUAUUUAACUCGUUAUCAUAUUUCUGUUGA